AUGGUGUUUUUCGGCUACAUGGUUUUCAGCAUCGUCUUUGGACUCUUGGCAGACCGCUAUGGGCGCUGGAAGAUCCUGCUGCUGUCCUUCCUGUGGGGGGCCUACUUCUCCCUGCUCACCUCGUUUUCCCCGUCCUACAUCUGGUUCGUCUUCCUGCGGACCAUGGUGGGCUGUGGCGUGUCGGGCCACGCCCAGGGGUUGAUCAUAAAGACGGAAUUUCUACCCACCAAGUACCGGGGGUACAUGCUGCCCCUGUCUCAGGUGUUCUGGCUGGCCGGGUCCCUGCUGAUCAUCGGGCUGGCGUCCGCGGUCAUCCCCACCCUGGGCUGGCGCUGGCUGGUCCGGAUCGCCUCCAUCCCGGGCAUCAUCCUCAUCCUGGUCUUUAAGUUCAUCCCGGAGUCGGCUCGCUUCCACGUGUCCACCGGAAACACCGAGGCGGCCACGUCCAUCCUGCAGCGGAUCGCCAGGACGAACCGCUCGGUCAUGCCGGACGGGGCCCUGGUGGAGCCGGUGCCGGAGGGAAGGGGACGUUUCCUGGACCUGCUGGAUGCCAAGUACUUGCGGACAACCUUGCAGAUCUGGGUCAUCUGGCUGGGCAUCGCCUUUGCCUACUACGGGGUCAUCCUGGCCAGCGCAGAGCUCCUGGAGCGGGAUCUGGUGUGCGGGGCCCAGCCGCAGCAGCAGCCUCAGGCGGAUCUGGAAGAGGGCUCCGAGGAGGCCCACGGCCCCUGCCACUGCCGACCCUUCGGGCCCUCCGACUACCGCACCAUGAUCAUCAGCACCGCCGGAGAGAUCGCGCUGAACCCGCUCAACAUCCUGGGCCUCAACUUCCUCGGGAGGAGGCUGACCCUGGCCAUCACCAUGAGCUGCACGGCCCUCUUCUUCCUGCUGCUCAACGUCUGCACCACCAGCGCUGGUCUGAUCGGGUUUCUGUUCAUGCUGAGGGCCCUGGUGUCGGCCAACUUCAACACCAUCUACAUUUACACCGCGGAGGUUUACCCGACCCCGAUGCGGGCCCUGGGCAUGGGCACCAGCGGAUCUCUGUGCCGCAUCGGAGCCAUGGUGGCGCCGUUCAUCUCCCAGGUGCUGAUGAGCGCCUCGUUCCUGGGAGCCCUGUGCCUCUUUGCGGCCGUCUGCCUGGUUUGCUCCAUCUCGGCCCUGACGCUGCCCAUCGAGACCCGAGGACGCGCCCUCCAGCAAACUAAGUGAAAGGUGACGCUGCAGGCUUGCACCCAAGUGGGAAAGAAAAAGGCCAGGUUUCUCAUCACUGGGAUUUUGGGGACUUUUUUUGGUGAUUUACUUUCGAAGCAUUUCUGAUUUUUUUUAAAAAAACUCUUAGGUGCAGGUGAUGCACCGAGGGGUGUUCUUUUUCUUGCGAUUCAAUAAAGA